CGACAGCAUUAGAACCUCCCAAACACCCUGCAUCUACUUCCUCCUAUUUCUGCAACACCCAGCUUCUGACUUGCCUACACAGGAUUCAGACACCAUGUCGGAAGGAUAAAUUAGAAGCAUGCAAAUAAAAGACGAGCAGUUCAGCUGAAUUUUAUCUAUUGGAUUUCCUGCUUGAACAAGAUACAUGUAUUGAACAACUAUAGGAGAAAAACUGCAGAACAGAACAGUUACAAAUGGAAAAUGCAAACACUGAGAAAAAUGAAAAAUCACAGUCAUAUCAACAUUUUGAACAGUGGACAAAAGAGGAAGUCAAACAAUGGGCAACUGAAGUUGUUAAGAUUGACCAGAAAUAUGCAGAAAUCCUGUUUAAUGAAGAUGUGACUGGUUUUACUCUGAAACUGAUAACUAAAACAGAUUUUGUGGAAAUGGGCAUACCCCAUGGACCUGCUCUUCAAAUAAUGCAUUUCUUGAAAGAGCAUGGCAUUCUAGCUAAAGGUUCAAACCAGGCUGUGGGACAAGAAGGCACUGAACAGAGUCUUGAUGGAGAAGAUGGUGAAAUUGCAAAGAAAGAAUGCAAGAAGAAAGAUGAGUCAUUUAAUUCCAGUAUGCUGCAGGAUUCUAACAUGGAGCCCAUCAAAGAUGAAAAAGCAAUGAAGUCAGCUGACAAAGAGAAUGUAUCAGAGAAGCCACCGUCAAGCAGCCAGCACCCAACUGGAGAGAUGUGUAUGCCACAUCGUUUUGAUAAUUUCAGUGAUGGCACUCGAUACACACAGUAUAAUAUUCUUAAUGUCCCUGAAACAGGGCCACUCAAUCUCAUUGAUCCAGCACAUGAAUUCAAAUUACUUACCAACACAGAGAAUUCACUAGAAAAGGAUGUCAUGAUGAAAUUUAGCACUGAAACCUUUAGAUUUGCUGCAGCCUGCAUGAACUCCCGCACAAAUGGCACUAUUCAUUUUGGAGUACAUGACAAGCCACAUGGGAAAAUUGAAGGAAUAGAAGUUACCACGAAAGAAACGUAUGUUGACCAUUUGAAUAAAAUGAUCGGAAAGUACUUUCAUGAGCAAUACAUUGACAUUGCAAAAGCUUGCAUUAAAGGACCUAGAUUUGUGGAAGUAUUAUUACCAAAUGGAAUGCAAUCACAUAAGUUUGUCAUUGAAGUAGAUGUGAUUCCCAAACACUGCAAAUGUAAUGCAAAAUAUUUCUGUACCAAGACAUAUGAAUAUAAGACUAAAAGUUGGAAAAAAGCUGUCUUCAUCCGGGAUGGAGCUAGUUCCAGAAAUAUUUACAAUACAGAAGAAUUUGAAACUUUUAAAGGUACCUUGACAUCUUUAGCAGAUUCUCGUAAAACAGCAGAAGAAGAAUAUAACUUAUCACAAAAGAAGCCAAUGGAUGAAGGACUAAAGCUAGUUAGUCUGCUCACAGGUAACAGGGGGUCGCUAGAUAGCUCUUAUUAUGACUACUACAUUUUGGUAACAAACAAGUGCCACCCAAGUCAAACUUUGCACUUAGACUUCUUACAGGAAAUAAAAUGGUUUGCUGUGCUUGACUUUGAUUUUGAAUCAGGUGUGUUCAAGACUUACCAAAAAAAUCAAAAUGCCAAAUCUCAUUUCCCAGAUCAUUAUGAAAACAAGGUGGGUUCAGUUUCUGAACAUGCUGAAAAACUGAAACUGCAUCAGGAGACCAACUGGAUUUUCUGCAAUGGUGGAUCAGACUUCAAAGGCAAUACUGAACUACCAUUAGAUCCCACAUCAUGGCAACGAGACAGAGCUGCUGGUGUCAGAAAAAUGAUUUCAUUUCUUUUGCACAAAGAUGUAAAGCAGAAUGGAAAGUUUUUAAUAGUGUUUCUUUUGCUUUCCACAGUGGAACAUUCAGUGGAUCCCCUUACUGAGACUUUUAUGACAUUUUACCAAGAAUUAAAGGGACUAGAAUACAUGGCCUGCAUUUGCAUUGGUGCACAUUCAUACCAGCAAUGGAAAGAUCUUCUGUGUGCUAGAGGCAUUAGUGAGGAAGCAUUUUCAAACAAAUGUGUUUCUCAUUUAACCCUGGAAACAGUAAAUGGUACCAUCAUAAAAAUAAAAUCAGUGACACGGUCUUCUAAAAGAUUUCUGCCUUCUGUUGGUCAUUCUACCACUCUUCUACAGAAAGAAGACUCCAUGGCAGCAUUGGAAAUACUUUGUGAAAACGAAUGCAAAGACACAGAAAUAGAGAAGGAUGCAGAGAAAUUUAAAAAUUUCCUGAAAGAGCGGGAAGAAGAUUUUUAUCGAGGUGGUAAAGUAUCAUGGUGGAAUUUCUAUUUUUCUUCUGAAAAUUAUAGUUCAGAUUUUAUCAGAAGGGAUGGUUAUGAAAAGCUUGAACAGCUAAUUGUGUCUUCUUCUAACAGUGCUAAUCAAUCACCUGUAAAAAUUAUCAACCUUUACCAUCACCCAGGCUGUGGUGGGACAACAUUAGCUAUGCAUAUCCUUUGGGAUCUCCGGAAGCAAUUCAGAUGUGCUGUUCUGAAAAACAAAUCAAGUGAUUUUGGAACACAGCUGACAACUUUGCUCACCUGUGGAGCAAACAAUGACACAGGCUAUUUACCAGUGUUACUUCUUGUGGAUGAUUUUGAAGACCAAGAAAAUGUCUAUUUUCUGCAGAAGGAAAUUCAGGUGGCUAUCACAGAAAAAUGCAUUCGGUAUGUAAAACCUUUGGUGAUCAUUCUAAACUGUAUGAGAUCUCAGAAUCCUGAUGAAAGUGCAACAAUCAAUUCCUUGAACAGUGUUUCUUUAAAACAUAUGCUUUCCAAAAAAGAGCAAAGGGCCUUUGAUCAGAAACUAAAAUAUAUUGAAAAGGUGCAUGCAAAUCCUGACAAUUUCUAUUCAUUUAUGAUUAUGAAGGAAAACUUUGAUCCGCAGUACAUUAAAAAAGUGGUGAAAAAUACCUUGCAUAACUUGAAUACUGCCUCUAAACCAGCACGACUUGUUUGCUAUCUAACGCUGUUAAACUCGUAUGUAAGAACAUCUACUGUUUCAAUAUCACUAUGUGAAGAAUUCUUAGGAAUUAAUUCUCAAGAGAUUGGCUGCAGUAAAGACAAAUUGAUAGAAAAGAUGGGAAUUUGUUCCAAUAUUCUAAUAUAUUAUCAGGUACAAGAUUACGAGAGAUACAAAGGUCUUCGUAUCAUUCAUCCAUUGAUAGCAUCUCACUGCCUGACAGAAUUGAAACUAACCCAUGACUUGCCUAAAAGUGAACUUACAUUGCAGUUAUUGAAAGAAGAUUUAUUUUAUAAGACUUCGUUAAAGCACGACAAACUUACUCGUGAUAUACAAACCCUGCUGAUUACCAGACAGCGCAAAGAACAUGGCGAUGAGUCAGACACAUUGUUUUCCCCAUUAAUUGAAGCCAUUCAUAAGGAAGAGAAGCGUCAUAACGUGGAAGAUGUGUUAAAACAAGCAUCUGCUAGAUUUGUGCAAAAUGGUUAUAUUUGCCAAGCCUUAGCAAGAUACUUCUACAUUAAAGAAAAGAACUUUGACUCUGCAUUAUACUGGGCCAGAGCAGCCCAAGAAAGAGCACAACACAAUUCAUACAUAUCAGAUACAGUAGGUCAGGUCUUUAAAAAUAAGCUAACAUGCUAUGCGGAGUCCAAAGCAAAGAGUGCAGUCCUGACAGCUGGGGACCUGAAAUACUUGCUAGAGCUUGCUGAGAAUGCUUCACGGGCUUUCAGAGAAUCUCAGCGUCAAGCUGAAAAUGCACACAAUGAACAGUAUUUGCAUAAUCAAAAGCCUAAAAGAAAGUUUAAAAUGUACAAUACUGCUGGUUAUCGGGGAGAGAUAGAAACUGGGCUUUAUGUUAUUGAUGUCCUUUCACGUCUUCCUUUUUUCAGCAAAAAAGACUUCCAGUGUAAAAAAGAGAUGGCAAAGUGUCUAUGGGGAAGGAGUGUUCUGACUGUACAUAACCCUGACACAGAUAGUGAAAUGUUCGAGGUUCUGGAACAUUAUUCCAGCUUUUUAUGUACUUUGCAAUCACGGUUAAAAAGGGCAUUUGACUUUUUUGAUGACUACUUUGUGUUUUUUAAAACACAGAUCAAUGAAAAAGAAAUUGUAGACGCAAAAUUGUAUGAGAAGGUUCAAGAAUGUUUUACCAGAUACACAGAAAUAUUUUGUGAUUUCAGUUUUGAGCAACUGAAAGGUAAACAGGUCUCAAAGUGGCCCAUGUCUCAGCAUAUAGAAGCAUACAGGGACACUCUGGAGGCUUCUAAAGGAGGCUCAUUUUCUGGCAUUUUGCAACGCCUCCACAGAAAUAACAAAAAUGCUGUCAGAGAAAUAGAAGACAUAGUAGAAGCAUAUACAUUUUUGUGUGAGAAGAAUGCACAAGCAACUCUGAAAGAGAAACAGAAUUUCAUUUUGGCACAGGUUGUUCUGAACUGCAUUAAACCUAACUUAGCUAAGUCACCUUCUUCUAAUGUGCUGGGAAGUCUGCUUCUAAGCAUUCUACAGCAAGUGGAACCAACUUCACAGUGUGUAGAGCCUUUCUUCCUAGCCUCCUUGUUGUUCUGGCCCCAAAAUACAAAAGAACUAAAUAAAUAUUCCAGGAAAAUGGAAACUUUUGUUAGACACUUAAGUGAGUCUUUCGAAGCGCUCUAUGGAACCCUGAAUUGUUCCAGGCAGCCUCAGGCUCUUUUCUAUCUGGCAAAAGGCAGUGGCCUGGACAGAUUUGUUCACAAAGGAAAAAUAGAUCAGCUUUUUAGUUCACUUCCAGAACAGGAACUGAAUUACCUCUGGCAGAGUGAAAACAUCUGGAAGGAACAGGCUGUUCAAGAGCUUUUGCUUCCUUUGGAUGGAAGAGCUGAGGAUAAGGUUAUCUACAUAGACUAUGGCAGCAAUGAAAUGUUCAGGAUACCAGUGCAGCCUGUUUCCUCAUGCGUACUGAAAAAUGGCCCAAACAUAGAAAGAGUGUCUUUUUACCUUGGGUUUUCCAUUGCUGGUCUCCUGGCAUACAACACACAAAUUCUGUCACGAAAACAAUAGGUAUGGCAGUUUCUUACCUACAAGGCUUUUUCAGGCAAAAUGAUCCUUUAACUGGUUUUUGGUUUGGUUAGUUUUCUGGUCAAUGAUUGCGAAUGAUAACCUCAGGCUGUCCAUCAUACUUCCUUCCUCACUAUGUUAGCCUUGCAGUCCUAUGCAGAAUUGUCUCUCUUCUGUCAGAACUGCUGUUUGGACAGUCAACCUGAAAUGUUGGUGCAGUUACUGCUGUAGCCUGGUCAUUAUUAGUCAAAGAUCUUUGGUUAUUGGCAACAUGAGAAAUCAUUCAGGAAAACAAAAUAGAUAAUUCUAAAAAAGAAUAUUUUGAAAAUGUUAUCUUUAAAUGCCAUCACUUUUAAGAACCUUCUUGCUAGCUUUUUUGCCGUGGCUUGUAAUGAAGGAUGUCUCGACAUAAUUUUCAUGCUCUUAUAUAAGUAAUGUGAGAACAAGGAAUGUACAUUAGAAAACAUGUAUCAUGUAACAUUUCCUGAUGCCCCAUUGUAUCUGGUGUCAUCUUGUCACAAGAGCAAUGUAAAAGGCCAUUCAGUUGCAAAGCAGCAUUUUUUUCUCUGUUGUUAUUGUACAUGCAUAAUGAAUAAUGUAAUGCAUUGGUAUAUGGGCCUGUAUUAAUAGCCAAGCUGUAUAUCUUGUGGGAGGACAGAAGCACUGGGUUUUUACCUUCUCAGUGCGUUUCUAAACAUAUGAUUAUUAAAGAUACACCUACUUUCUGCUGUACUGUGAAAGCAUACAGCAGUUGGUAUUUGAUGUCCAUAUUAAACAGAUUCUAUUAUUUUGUGGUGGAUCUGCUUCUGCUUUAUAUAAAAUCGAUCCAGUUGGUCAUUCCUUUCCUCAUAAAUUCCAUUAGUUCCUUCCAGUGGCAUAUUUCUUACCAACUUUGAUCCUUGCAAAAAUAGGCAAUUUAAAUGCUUAAAGUGGUCAUUGAUUGCAUUGCCUUCCUCAUGAAUAAAACUGCCUGCUAUGUUUAGACACAAUUAAUGUUCAAAAAAAUGAAAAGAUAUCGGUGCAAAGCACCAGAAACAAGAAGUUACUAUUGUCUGGAGAGCGCAAAGUGUUGCUCUUUGCACUAUGUACCUAUGAUUCAUGAAAACCAGAGGAGUUCAAUGCAAUUACCUGCCUGAAAGAGGUCUGCAGGACAGCUCUUUCAUCAUCCCACAAGUUGUCUUUGCUCUUUGUGUCAGGCAAGGAGGCAGGCAAAAAUAAGUGACAUCUCAACAGACUAGUAAAAAGAAAAAGAAUAAAGCAGUGGACCAUUCUGCUCUAUGAUUCAUUCUAUGAUUCUAUGAUUCUAUGAUUCUAGCGCAGCUCUUCUUUUAGUUGUAAAUAUGGGUAAGGAGUUUUAUUAUAUAAUCCACACUGCUUUUUAACUCUAGCCAAAAUGUUUCUCUUGGCAAGAAUGCACAUUUCAUUUUAACCUGUAUCCACUUUGUUUCUAACAGCAUACUUUUAUUUCAGAUAGGGUGCUAUAGGAUCAAUUUUCAUCAUGUCUUUAUUUGUUCUAGUUAGUCCUCAGGAUAUCGCCGUACAAUUUAUCAAUGACAAAAGAAUUUACCCUUACAAAUAAAGAUUUACAUUAAGUAAUUUGCCACGUCUCCACGGCAAUUGAAGCCUUCAGUCUUCAUUUCAGUCAGUCACAUCUCCUAAGUACUGCAAGUAUUUUUAUGUGCUCAAACUCAGCUGAGCUGUGUAGGGUGGUGCACGGGGCACACCUGGCAGGGUGCAGGGGUGGGCAGCUGCGGGGUGCCUUAUGGCAGGAGGCCAUGAACCGCCCAGGGCUGGUUGCACCUGGUUCCAGCCAGCUCCGGCACCAGUGUGAGCACCCCAUCACAUGCCAAACCUCUGCCAUUGAGGGCAGCCCACAACGAUCAGACAAGUUUGCAGGAGAAAUGGUGGAAGAGACAUUGCUGGGGCAUGGCCAGAGACACACUUCUGGAACGGGGCGACCUACAUCACGCCUGGGAUACUCCUGAGGGACUGCAGCCCAUGGGUGACCUACACCAGGGCAGGCACACCCCUGAGGGACUGCAGCCCAUGGGCAACCCAUGCCGGGGCAGACGAAACAAGAAAGAAGGAGCAGCAGAGAAGCAGAAGAAAAGAAUGGGAAGCAAGGAGCAGCAAAAAUAAACAACUACACACUGACAAGGACUUCCUUCGCUGCAGGCCUGUCACCUUGGCAGGGGGAUUGGGAAGGACUGAGCAGAGGUGAAAACAAGGGGGGUUGCAGCUAGGAAGGAGGAAGGAGAGGUGUUGGACUGAAGCUGAAAGGGAAGAAAGGCAUUUCUCUAAGUGUUUGCUUAGUUGUUUGUCUUCUUGUUUUCUCAGUACCCCAAUCGGUAAUUAAACAUUGACAUUAACUAGCAAUAAAUUAAGCGAAACUCCCCAAGUUGAGACUGUUUUGCCCACAACAUGUGUAUGUUUACUAAUAACCCUGGCACAGUGUAUUACAUGCUAGAGACGGCACUACAUGCCUGUGUGAGUUUGCAGAAAUACAGAUUUUAUUUGUAUAUAUCAAGUUGUUUGUUAUAAAAUUGUAUUUUUUUAUCAGCAGUAGCUCAUUAAUAAAUACAGGUAUUUGAUAACAUC